AUGGCGUCGGGUGAAAAGGGUUCGGCGGCCGGUUGGCGUCGGCCACCCCGGCGUCAGCGGAGGGAGACGGUUUUGGGGCGCCGAGAAGAUAAGGACCGUCGGCGGAUGCUGCGUGCCGUCGGGAUUUCAGACUUUCAGUCGUCACGUUGGCGCCAGACUGGCCGGGUCCAGUGCGGAUCAAUCGCCGGUAACCAGUGUUGCCACUACCACCACAUCGUCGUUCCUUAUUCUACGUAUAAUGAAUAA